AUGGCCGAAGCCUGGAGGCUGGAGGAGGACGAGGAGGAGCUGCGGGAGCUCGGCAGAAGGCACCGGAGGGUCGCGCUGAGCUCGGUGGCAGACAUUAACCAUGUUUUAAAUUUUUUUUCUUCAAUAAGCCAAGGACCUUUGUCAUCCAUAAGAGCAGCAAUCAAGAGAUCUUCUCGGACCUCUAGCCAUAGUGAUCAACAGAGGGAUAGAAGGCGUCCUGAAAUUACAAUAGUUGCUGCUGAACCCCUCCGGCCAUCCUCCUGGUUUCCAGGUGCAAGUUCUGUCACUCCUCAAGGAUUAGGAUUCCCCUCUGCUUCAUCUCAUGCUCAGUGGAGGAGAAAUGAGCAUCUUCCAGCUGAACUUCCACCAUCGUAUGAGCAGGUGAUAAAAGAAAUCAAUAGAGUGCAAGUCAAUACAACAAAUAACAAUAAUGCUGCUGCUUCUAGACAAACUACUACUUCUGCAACACAAACUGACUUUCCAGAGGAGCUAAUCAGCCAUUUGCCAGGAAGUAAUGUAAAAACUAGUGUUCCUACACACUGGGAAUCAGGUCGAGCAGGGCAGAGUCCUCUUAAAACUCCUAGGCCUCCUGCAUCUGUUCUGAGUGAUUCUCCUGCAGAAUAUGAGAAUCCUUUAAUGGUCUUCGAAAAUCAUGAAGGUCAGAGAUGCCAAGAAAAUCCCAAUGCUGUGAUAUGUCCUGUGCCAAAGCCAAGAUCAAGAAGCAAUCUCAGACCUGUGGUCAAAAGUACUGAAAGUAAGAUAGACAGUGAAGAAGAAGUGAACCACUCUACUCCAAAACAGCAGCAAACUCCAAAACAGCAGCAACCUCCAAUUCAGCAGUCAUCUCUUCUAGAUGAAGACAGCUUACUAGACAAUCACUUGGUGAUGGACAAUAUGAGUACAGAAAGGAUCCAAAAUAGUAUUGUUUCAAGUAUCAAAGGUUUUGAACCCCAAGGCACUAAUGAUACCUCAGGAUCAUCCAAAAAGCCAGAAAUUGCCCCUCGUUCAUUUGUCCCAAGGUCCGUUACUACAAAGAAGCCAGUCAUUGCUCCAAAGCCAGAGGUAGACAGAAUUUCAGAAGAGUUGGAUGCAUGGACUGAAAGCAAAUCAACACCUUCCAAGGAAUUGCAGCCUCUGCCUGAAAUACUUGGGAGCAGUGUUGUAACCAAACCUGAAUUGCCAAAGAAGCCAAAACCCAGCCUUGUUAAAAGCAGCAGUAGUGAUUUUCUUGAUGUGAGGAGUGGAUCAGUUGCAGAAAACAGCAGUGGACCGAAGAAAUUUCCUAUUCCUGCUCCAAGGCCUCUUGUUCCUAAAAAGUCAUGUUACUCAGAAGAUCUUGCCCUUUCUUUGGCCUCACUGAAACCAGUUGCUGCUCCUCCACGACCUUCUCUAUCUGCUCAAGAAAAAGUUUUAACAUCUCUGGGGGAAUUGUCCCCUGCAGCCAACUCCUCAGCAUCUGCUUUGCAAAAUAAAUUAGAUGUGGAAGGAGAUCUGAUCAGUUUUGAUGAUGAUGUUUUGCCACUAAGUCCAGCUUCUGUAGUUAAAGAUGACAUCAGUUCUGAAGCUGCAUCAGAUCCAUUUCAGUUCCUCACCAAAAAUGAACCUGCCAAGGAACAGAUGGCUCAACCAGCUUUAGCUCGGAAACCCACAGUGAUCCGAAUUCCAGCUAAAUCCAGGAAAUCUUUAAAUGACAUCCCACAUAGCCCUCCACCACUUCCUGCUAAAAAGCCUAUUGGGAACACAUCAAAUAUCACAGUGGGAAAACCCAACAGUGGUGACCUAGUGAAAAAGGGGGAGUUGGAUCACUCAGAACAGUGUGGAGUACCUCAGCUAGAACCUCUACUACCCCCAAGGCCUGUGGAUGGAAAAAUUAUACCUGCUCGACCUCCCCCACCUAAAAGUGUUCCUGGAAGGCCACCUCCACCCAAAUUCUCUGCAGCCAAGACCUCCUCCCAGAAGGACGUUCUUUCGCGAUCUAGUUCUGACAUAGCUGCUGAUAAAAAAACCACCAAGUUCAAGUUGGGACCCAAGAGAGCAAAAAGUGCUGUCUUUAAAAGUCCAGACCCAGCAUUACCUCCUCGUCCUAAACCCGGUCAUCCUCUCUACAAUAAAUACAUGCUACCUGUGCCUCAUGAAGUUUUCAAGGAAGAUUGUUUUCCCAGGAACAUGGGAGAACUGUCCUGUAAGGAUUCAAACCACCCUCCAAAAGUUUCUGACACAAGUGCACCUCAUGCUGUAGUCCUGCAUGAUUUUCCUGCAGAGCAUGCUGAUGACUUGGACCUUCAUUCUGGAGACACUGUCUGUCUUUUGGAGAAAAUAGAUACCGAAUGGUAUAGAGGAAAAUGUGGGAAUCACACAGGGAUAUUUCCUGCCAACUUUGUUAAAGUUGUUAUUGAUGUUCCAGAAGAAUCCAACAAGAAAAAAAUACCCUCUUCAUCACGAUGUAUCAAAAGUCCAAGAUGUGUAGCACAAUUUGAAUAUACUGGCGAUCAGAAAGAUGAGCUCAGUUUUUCAGAAGGUGAAACUAUUAUCCUGAAAGAAUAUGUAAAUGAAGAAUGGGCCAAAGGAGAGCUCAGAAGCACAUCUGGAAUUUUCCCCUUUAACUUUGUGGAAGUAAUUGAAGAUCUGCCUGGAACAGGUCCAGAAACAGCACUGAAGAAUAAAGUGGAGGUUUCGUCUUCCCUUUCUCAGAACAACAGAUGCUCAGUAGAGUGGUGUGAAGCACUUCAUGAUUUUACAGCAGAAACCAAAGAUGAUUUAUCCUUCAAAAAGGGAGACUACAUACAAAUACUGGAACAAGUAGAUUUGGAGUGGUAUAGAGGAAGACUGAAUGAAAAGGAAGGGAUUUUCCCAGCAGUUUUUGUUCAGAACUGCUCAGCCAGGGUAGAGCUGUCACAGCCUGGAGGAGGGAAGAAAGGAAAAGCCAAAGCACUUUAUGCUUUUCAUGGAGAAAAUGAAGAUGAGCUUUCCUUCAAAGCAGGUGACAUGAUAACAGAGCUGGAAUCUGUAGACGAGGACUGGAUGAGUGGAGAGAUACUAGGAAAGUCUGGGAUAUUUCCCAAGAAUUUUGUUCAGAUCUUAAAAACACCAUGA